AUCUACUCAGUCAGUUAGUCGGUGACUGAACGUGGACACAAUGAGACGCAUCUAGCACAAAAGUGUUUCGGAAGGUCGUAUCGCUAGAACCAGAUGGACUGUUUUGCUACUCUCAGUAAUAUUUGUGCAGAGAAGUGCUGUUGAACGGCGACACAGCUGAGACGUCCUUUGGUGAAAAAAAAAACAAAGUUUGUGAGAGAAGGAUUGAGUUAACUCGGUCAUCCGUGGUGCAGUGUUGACUGGUUCGGAGAAAAUAAUUGAAAGCAAAGUGUUGGAUUGCCCGUGUGUCUUCCGGUGUUGAUUGCAGGGAAGAACGGAAGAAGUCGUAAAAGUGCUGAGCACAGAACGGAAAUGGAUUGUUUCUUCCGGUUUGUGGUAUAUAUUUGAAGCCAGCGUAAGAAAAAAGUGACGGAAAGCUUGGAUUGACAAAGCGUGGAUGAUAAAUAAGGGAGAAAAAUUGCUGAUUCAGUGUCGAUAAAAAUAAAUAUUUAUGAAAACGAGUUGAUGGUUGGAACGAAGAGAAUUUGAGAUAAGAGCAAACGAGGAAAAGAGUCAUUGAGACAAGUAACAAGUGCCAGUGAAGAAUUUUGGAAGAAAAACGUUGAAGAAGUUGUUUAAAGCAGAAGGCGGUAAGAGAAGACUCGUCGUUGCAGAUGAAUGCCAUGAAUACUAUUGCCAAGAUGUACCCUAAACUGAGUACCGUGGAGUUGUCAGCAAUUUUAAUGAAAGGUGCUGCAAUGUCCGCUGCCUCAAUGGAACGUGAUUCCGGUUUUAAUUCCGGCAGUUCUGAGCAUGAGGAUGAUCUUAAAAGCUUGGAUCAGAGCUCCAGAGAUGGACUUCUCACUCCAGAGAACAGUUCUGAGGAUUCGGUUGAAGUCAAGCUUCCUCAGGCGGUCACCAAGAACAAACGUAAGAGUACCGAGCCGUUGCGAGUGAUUUCCGAUUCGGAACUACUCGGACCGAUAAAAAAACGUAUCCGGUAUGAGGAACAUGUCAAGGAGGAAAAGGAACCACACCUGGAUCAUCACGUCAACGGAAAUCCUUUCCGACCAUGGGCUCCCAGUGAAGAACUACCGACUACCCAUCCCCUACCUGCACAUUUCCCCUAUCCGGCAGAUCUGCAGGUCAGACAUCCCGGAGUCACCACCUUACAUCGUGCCAUCAGCCUGAAACCUUUGGAGCACCUCCAGCAGCAAUCAUCUGCCAUCUAUCCAUCAUCCUCUGCUUCCUCUUCUUCGUCCUCUUCCUGCCAACAACAACCUCUAGCAUUGAUCUCCAAAAAAUCUCAAUCGUUCGAAACUCCGUCCCAUACGAUCCAAGAUAACAUCCGCCACCAAUCGGAUGGAUCUGUCUUCGUACCACCCCAUCCUGUUGAGCCUCCUAGGUCCACAUCGACAAAGCUAAUGCAACCUCGCAACUACAAGAACAUGACCCGCGAGCGACGAAUCGAAGCGAACGCUCGUGAGCGAACUCGGGUGCACACGAUCUCAGCAGCCUAUGAAAAACUUCGUCAGGCAGUACCCGCCUACUCCGAUGCCCAGAAGCUUUCGAAACUGUCCAUCUUGCGGAUUGCGUGUUCCUAUAUUCUAACCCUCAGCCGGAUGGCUGGUGACGAUUACAGUGCUGAUGGUUCGGAACCCUCUAUCGAUGAAUGCGUCGAAAUGGUGACGAAAACCAUUCAAACCGAGGGUAAGAUUAAGAAGAAGAAAGACGAGUAAACGGGGGUUGUGUAGAUGAGUCAAUCAAAUGAGUGGUGCUGUGCACGCACGUUAAUUCAAACGCUUAGAAAUCGGGGGGAUAGAACUGUCAAAUGGAAUUUGAGUAACAUCCGGCCAAAUGGUAUUUUGCUUCAACGACUAGAAACAGAAAUUCUUUUUACUUGGUUGUGGUGAAUCAACGACGGAUCUGGUUACGUAUAAGCGGAAUAAGGUUAACUAUUUAUUUUGCAAACUUCGGACUUCUUGUCGAAGAUCUGGAUAACAAAUUUUAAGUGUUUUUAGAUUUUAAGGGAAUCGAUGCAAACAGUACAAAUAGAGUGGAGCAGAAGGAAACUUGCAGGUCUGAUCCGUUGCCAUAAGAUUACUCGAGAGAAUCCAUUAACCUGAACCUUGAGACAAUAAAAUCGCCAAAUAUAAAGGAAAAUAAUAAUGAUUAAUUGUUGUGAUCAGCACAGA